CUGAAUCAUAGUUACAUAGUGCUUUACUAUGAAGAAUGUUCAGUAAUGAAGAACAACUGACCGAGACCAUGACACACGCCUUCUCAUCACUGUUGGAGAGUCCUCUGCUCGCUGUGGUCAUCGUGAUUACAGGUAUUGGCGGGACCUUCCAGUACGGCUUCCAUAUCUCUGUCCUCACCUCACCUUCAGUCUACGUGAAGAGGCUGGUGAACGCCACGUGCGCCCAGCGUUACGGACGCGCCCUGGAGGCCUGGGAGCUCUCGCUCUUCUGGUCUUUCAUCGUCUCCAUAUACAGCGUUGGGGGCCUGCUGAGCUCACAGUGCGCUGGGCGUCUAGCCACCAUCUACGGGAGGAAGCGAUGCCUUGUACUCAACAAUGUGGCGGCCAUCUGUGGCGCCGUGCUGAUGGGGUUCAGUAAAAUGGCCAACUCGUUCGAGAUGAUCAUGGUGGCGCGCUUCCUCUAUGGCAUUAAUGCAGGAGUGAGUCUGGCUGUCCACACCAUGUAUGUGUUGGAGUGUGCCCCCAAGAGGCUGAGAGGGAUGGUGGGCGUGUCUGUGGGCUGCUUCGUCUCCAUGGGCAAAUUGUUUGGACAGCUGCUUGGCAUCAGUGAGGUAUUUGGGACAGAUGAAAAGUGGCCUGUGUUGCUGUCCUUCAGUGGGCUGAUUGGUCUUCUGCAGCUGGUCUCUCUGCCCUUCCUGCCUGAGUCUCCUCGCUAUCUGCUCCUGGUGCGCAGUGACAGACUGGCCUGUGAGAAAGCUCUGAGGCAGAUCCUGGGUGCUCGUGGGGAUCUUGCUGUGGAGGUGGAGGAGAUGCAGGUGGAGCACGCUGCCUUGAAGGGUGUGAAGAACCAUGGCGUCCUGGAGCUCCUGCUCUCCCGCACCACCCGCUGGCAGCUGCUCACAGUCGUCGUCACCUUUAUGACGCUACAGCUGUGUGGCAUCAAUGCUGUCUACCUGUACUCCUCUGAUGUGUUUCGUGCCGCGGGGAUUGCAGGCCACAACCUGCGCUACGUGGCCCUGGGGACGGGUCUGUGUGAAGUGUUCACCUCCAUCGCCUGUGGGAUGGUGAUUGAGAGAACAGGGAAAAGGCAGCUGCUCAUUCAGGGUUAUCUGGGCAUGGCCACUACACUGGCCAUCCUCACAGUCACACUGUACCUGCAGGUUUACGUUUCAUGGAUGCCAUACUGCAGCGUGGUCCUCAUCUUCAUCUACAUCUUCUUCUUCUCCGUUGGACCAGCUGCUGUAACAGCACCUCUGCCUGGUGAAAUUUUUACACAGUCCUUCAAAACAGCAGCAUUCACAUUGGCGUGCACUCUGAACUGGGCGGGGCUCUUCUUAGUGGGCAUGGUGUUCCCCAUCAUAGUGGAGCAUUUGGGCUAUUUCUGCUUCCUCAUCUUCUUCAUCUUCUGCCUCGGCUCCGGUUUGUUUGUGUGGUAUCAUGUUCCAGAGACCAGGAACAGGAGCAUCUUGGAGAUCACUGCCGCAUUCGAGCAAAUGCACAGCAAAGACAAACUCCCGCUCGAGACCAAGCAGACCAAGCUUCAAGCUCUUCACACCACUCAGCCACAGCAUGGCCAGAGCACCAAACUUUGAUUCCAAGACUCAUAUCGCAUAUAAAAAAUGUAGUGUCCAGUAAAUAAACUGUACAGACAAAAUGGUAUGCAAACAAAAUAGAUUCCAAUAAAUAAACUCCUUACUGUUCCAUGGCAUCAAUUUUGAUAGGCUUGAGAAAACCUCAAAAAUCAGCUUCUGUUACUUUGAAAAGUGGAACAAUAUAUUUGUGCUCUGAAUCCCAUCCAAGUUUUUCAGAACACCAACACAAAGGACACUUAAUAUGGUUCCUUUAUUUUUGAGAAUGAUAGUCAAAGCCUUCAGGGGUUAGCUAUGACAUUUACAAGUCACAAUUA